CCAGCAAUCCGAGACAUUUUACUCCCGCGGUCCGCGAGGUCAGUAGUUUCUUCAGGUUCUACUGUUCAUGCGCUAUGGCGUCAGAUUUCAUGUAAACAUGGAGCGAAGUAGAUUUCCGCGGAGGAAUCGAGUUGAUUAUAAAGCACUAAAUGUUCUUUCUACAGUGGAUUUAGAAGUUCAUUUGAAAGGAAGGAGAAAAUUUAAAAGCGGAUCUAAAGUUUAUUUUGUGGAGAGACUUAUCAGCCGGCGAAGAUUGAAGAACGAGGACUUUGAAUACCUAGUAAAAUGGAAGGACUGGCCAUUGUGGACAAGCACGUGGGAGCCUUCGGCUCAUUUGAAUGAGCAUCUUAUCAGGGCAUACAGCAACCCCACUGUUACCGUGGAAAGACUACAGAGCGCAUCAGUUGCAUUUCUGGAAGGCAUUCUUUCAAUCCUAAAAUCGAAUGCGGUUAAAGUUCUUUAUUCCACUGAAAUUAGAAUGGAUCAUGAUAUUGUGAGAUACGUUUUUAAAGGAAAAGGUAAAAGAGCAGAAGACGGAGUUAGUAUACUCUAUGAAAAAAAUGAUUUUACUCGAUUUGAACUUCCACCAUAUUGGUACUAUUAUUUCAAUCAACUUGGACAAGGAAUAGCAGUUGACUUUCCUGUUAAGUUAAAAACUGUCCUUAACAAUUCAAAAAAACGUUACGUUUUAUCCAGUGGUCAGGUCAAAAUUGCUCCAAAUUUUCCAGUUGAAAAAGUUAUGAUAUAUGUCAACAGGAAAGCAUGCGAUUGUAAAAACAUUUAAUUUAUCUUAGAACAGAUAAAUAUAAAACAAGAAAAUCUACAAAAUAAUUUUGCAGAGAUUUCUAGUGGAAUAUGUGAUUGCAACAAUUGAAAAUCAAAGAAAGUUAUAUGCUUUAUGAUUAAAUACACUAUAUCAAAAUUAUUGUUAUUAUUUUGUUGUAAGCAUAUAAACAAACAAAAGUUUAGUAUUCAUAUUAGCAUUAAAAAUUAUUCACAAGAUAUUUUUGCAAAUAAUCAAAUUAAAAAAUAUAUUUUGUGAUACAUGUCUGCAUAUCUGUUGUUCCUUUGCUUGCCAUAG